AUGUCAGGGGCAAUGUCGCUUGCGAUGAUGCCUGUCGGUUGCCAAGUCGCCAGAUCGAAGCAGCGAGCGAAGGGCGGGAAACCAGAAACGAGAGUGGAUGAAAACCCCAAGCAAAAACCGAGACGCACAAAACGAGGGACGCUGUCUGCUAGAGAAGCGCAGAACGAGCAGGGCUUUUGGAGGGCAGAAGAAGAAGAAGAAGAAAGAACUGAAAGAGGAAGCACAAGAAAGAGGAAAGGCUCGAGGCGACCAGGGGGUCAUUCGGAUGGGGGUUUCGAGUGGCCAGGUGAGCAGGAAAAGAGGGAACCAGGGCGAUGCCUGGAUGGGGAUGGUGUGCCCGCGUGUGCUGCCAGUGUUGCGUCGAGGAUCACAGAUGGCAUCGGGGCCCAAGCUCGGAUGGAGAAGCGAGACACGCCAAGGGAGGGUCCAGGGCCGUUAAAAUGGAUGCAUCUGACGCUCUAUCCAGGCCCUAGAGAGAGAGAGAGAGAGAGGCCGCUGGAAGAAAAAAGUAUGGAGUUGAAAGAGGUGGUGGUGGGUUGA